CACGUCAUUUGAUGUCACUGCCGCACCUGCGCAGCCAUCUUGUACUUCGAGCGAGGAGCGGACACAGAAAGAAAUCAAAAGGAUCAAAUAAACCUGUCAAAUCAGAAGAAAAUAGGAAUGUCUUUAAACGUUAUAUAGCCUCAUAACGAUUAGACACCCAAGAAGGAUAAGGUUAGGUAAAAAAAGAAGGUGAAAUAGACAUUCAAGUGCUUCGGAUAUCCAGACCUACAAGUCAUAUUUUGCUUGUGAGUGAGAGGAGGAAGGAACAGUCAAAUCGCCGAAAGAAAAACAUCCCGAACGUCAGUCAAAUCAUGAAUCCAGAAUAUGACUACCUGUUCAAGCUCCUCCUUAUCGGUGACUCCGGUGUGGGAAAGUCCUGUCUUCUGCUCCGCUUUGCUGACGACACCUACACAGAGAGCUACAUCAGCACCAUCGGUGUAGACUUCAAGAUCCGCACCAUCGAGCUGGACGGCAAGACCAUCAAACUACAGAUUUGGGACACUGCUGGUCAGGAGAGGUUCCGCACCAUCACCUCCAGUUACUACAGGGGUGCCCACGGCAUCAUCGUGGUCUAUGAUGUCACAGAUCAGGAGUCGUACAACAAUGUGAAGCAGUGGCUGCAGGAGAUCGACCGCUAUGCCAGCGAGAACGUCAACAAGCUGCUGGUGGGGAACAAGUGUGACCUCACUACCAAGAAAGUAGUGGACUACACAACAGCCAAGGAGUUUGCCGACUCCCUGGCCAUCCCCUUCCUGGAAACAAGUGCCAAGAACGCCACCAACGUGGAGCAGGCCUUCAUGACCAUGGCUGCUGAGAUCAAGAAGAGGAUGGGACCCGGGGCCACGGCUGGAGGGGACAAGCCCAACCUGAAGAUAGACAGCACCCCUGUCAGGCAGUCUGGAGGGGGGUGCUGUUAAACUGGACUCUGUCCUGGAUGCUCUCCUCUUCUUCACCCUCCCUGCUCUGGGCUUCACUUCCUCCACCUCUUCAUCCCUCAGCCUCCCUCCCAUCUCCCGUUCUCUUACUCUUGCCGCGGGAUGGGUGGUUGGAUAGGGGGAGGAGUUGAGGGGUGAGAACUGGGGACUGACUUUAAGACCGUAUCUCCCCCCAAAAAAGUGAAGAGAAGUUAGGUUGGAGUUGGGUUGAACUUUUUUCUUUUUUUCCCCGAGCGAUGAGUCAGGAACGUAAACAGAUAUGAGAAAAGAUUGGUGUUGACUUAGAGGAGAACUGGGUGAUAGAAGAUUAGUUUUUAGAUUCCGGCGAGCGCUUAUCUCCCUCUCCUGUGUCACACACACACACACACACACACACACACACACAGAAGAGGGGGCGGAGUGAUUCUCCCAUAGGAAGUGGUCACAGGCCGGGUUUUGUUUCCUUUAGGCUAUGUCUGUCAUUGCAACCCAAUAGAAGUCCUAUAGCAAAAUUCAGUUUAGAGUGCUACAAUAAUCUGUCAUGUAUGUAUUGGACCUGUUUUAUCUCAGACUGCUGCGGUGCCUUGUAGCCAUGGCGACGUGUCACCAUCUUAAGUCUGUCUGUAGGUAUCAAGUGAGUGACCUGUUCAAUCUAGCCUACAGUCUACGUUCCACAUGCAAUAGUAACACUAAUGCACUAUUUAUACCCAUGUAUCCAUCCAUCCAUUUGUACGAACUGAAUUGGCGUUGGAGCAGACAGUCAUGCACCACUACCAGCGUACUAACAACUGAGUCAUCCAUCAUAUUAAUCAAUGAGGAUACGGGUAUCUAGGAUACGGGUAUCAUAGAAGUAGAAUGAAUAGACCGGACUCUGAAGGAAGGCAUCAGCAGAGAGGGGAGAGACAUACACUUUGUCUGUGUGGAGAAGAGGGUUCUGGGAAGGAUAGCUCUGACUCCUCGUGGAGCCUGAGCUUUAGGUUGAUUCGACACAGAACAGGAGAACUUUUGGUCGAACUUGGAAUCCCUCCAUCCCUCUACAUGCAGAUGGGAGGAUGUAGUGAGAGAGACUUGGUUUUUGAGUGCUUUAAUAUACUGUAUGGUGUUAGUUAGCUCACAUCACUCCUCUUGUUAGGGUUUCACAUGUAAAAAAAGACAAAACACAAAAAAGACACAUAAAUAUUUGAGAUAUGCUUAAGUCAUGUUUGUAUGUCUUUAAGUUGUCAGGACUCUAUAUUACAGUAUGCCCAAGGUGGUUCUUCAACAUAAACAGACAGUGUACACACAUACUGAGAACGGGGCUUGACGUACAACCAGAUUAGUGGCCGGGCAAGCGAUAUUCAACUAAUUAACAGGACAUAUGAAACAAGAAAUUGGCAAUUUUCUGACUUCAUAUUCAUAGAUUAUUGUUCAUAUUAUUUUAUUGUUAUUACAAGAUUUUAUUAUUUGAUAUUUGUAUUUUCUGUAGUUUUUUUCUAAUCGAAAAAGCUUGUAAAAAUUGCUUGAAAUGUUGUCCAACUUCCUUUAUCGGGUGGGUUGGGAUGUUUUUCGGUUUGGUCGGUGGAGUUGGGGAGUUGUCUCUGAAAGCUACUGUUCCCUGCUGUGCCUCACUGGACUCCUAAAGAUACUGACCGCGUGCAUAACUUCUGUACCAUGUCACACCACAGGUUCUUCACGCCUCGGCCAGGACCGACUUCUCAGACCGUGUUGCCAUCCACCAUUUGUCAUCACGUGUCCCACAGUGCAUUUCUUUUAUGGUUGUCAUGGUUUCAUGUCAGUUAGUGUGGUCAUUAUGAGGCAUAGCCAGUCCAUCAUGGUUUAAAUGGCCUAAGACAUCCAGACCUGGCUAAUUAUGUUCCAGAGGAGUCCCUAUUCAAGACCAAAGUCUCCGUCCAGUACUAUGACUACAUGCCAACUCAUUACCUCUCUCUAGAUCAGUGCGUGAUUGGUGUUCUUCAAUCUUCAUUGUUAACUGCUAGCUAGUUCCAGUAGCCUCUAUAUAACUUAAGACAUGGAGUAUGUUUGGCUGAUCAGAAUGUGUGUUAAUGGGCCUGGCUGUCUUGACUAGUCCCCCUUCUACAGGAACCUGCUCUGCGCCGUUCCCUUCUCAGUCUGUCCUCAUGGUUCUCAUGGCUGUGUGUUGUUUCUCAGAGGCAUUCCUAUGGAACUAUGGAACCUAGCAGGAAUGUGGAGAAAACACUCCAGCCCCUGACCUUAACCAGCCCCUGACCUUAACCAGCCCCUGACCUUAACCAGCCCCUGACCUUAACCAGCCCCUGACUUUAACCAACCCCUGACCUUAACCAGCCCCUGACCUUAACCAACGCUAGUUUUGAAUUAAUGUAAUGCACUACAGUACGGCUUAUACUACUAAUAUGGCCACUAAGCUUUUGUGUUCUUGACAACAAAGAAUAUUGGCCUUUGUCGGUUAUUACAACCUCAGUUUUCGAUCCAUUUUUCUGUAGAAGUAGUCAUGGUUACAACGGGACUUUAGGAAAAUCUAUUCUCUGGCUUUGGUUGGAAUUAGAGUGACUUACUGUUAGCCAUGACUGGACCCAUAGACUCGUUACAGCACUAUAGUGGGCCUGUUGGGGAAUUGACACAUCCAUUUUGUCCUCAUGGUUGCCCCUUGGUCUUGCCAGUUUGACAUUGGUGCAGUAGGCAGUGUGUAACCGUUCUAACCUUCUACCUGUAUAUAUUUAUUACUAUGUGAAGAGCAGACGGGAAGGUUCGUACUCUAACGACAACUAUGUAAGGUCGUGUUGUAAGGUCAUGUUGUACGGUCGUGUUAUAUGGUCAUAAAGCCUUGUUCAGUUUGGCUUUGAGCAUUUCAUUGGGUCUGAGCAUGUUAUGUCAUGGUUACGGUCAUCAUGGUCACGUUACGGUCUUAGAAUAAGUCCUAGAUUCUGGUUCAUUGGGUCGGAGUGAGUUUGACCGUGCUUGACCGUUCAGGGGUAGCAGGGAUUGACUGGUUUUGGCAUGCAGACCGGAUAUGAAGUCCCAUCCUCCUCUUUAAGCCAAUCAAAAUAUUACAACAAUGUUCUCUGAAUGGCUCCUCCUACUCAUUGAUAAAACGGAAUCUGGCUUGGACUUUGGGAGCUUUCCCGGUCGGUCUUCGACAGAUAGUUUAGGUCAAGGUGACUCAGCCUCCCGACUCAGAGCUCCAUGUCGUAACGUGCAAUUGCGGCCUCUAAAAACCUGUGAUGUCCAAUGUAUGCUGACGAGUUAGUGAGCGCUUACUGUCUGCAGAACACGGCUACCAACCAUUCUGGAGUGAAUGUCUAGAAGAGCGACGCGAGGGCUGAAAUCAGUAUCUGUUUGUGUGUGAACAGAAAGUAUUUGUUGUAGAUGUGAUUAUUUAGGCUAGUCGAUACAGCAGCCGUCUUAGCACUAAUGUUAGGGUGUAGUCUUUUUGGUAGAGCCUUUUACACAUGUGGUUUGGCCAAGCCUGUGAAGCGAUGCAGGACUCAACCAGACUGGAUUGUGUACCAGCUCUCAUUUUUAUGCUCAUUCAGUUUGGUAUGAUGAAUUUGAGGAUCUGGUAGGCCUAAGUAAUCGCUGGUAGGAAGGGAGGGAACAGUAGUGUGUGGGGUCGGGGACGGUCUGUGUGCGUGACAUUCCUGCUCCCUGAGCACAGGCUGGCUUUUCUCUUGAAUCUCACAAGUCCUUCUGCGAAUGAAACGAUUGUUUGCAACGCUCCACACAGACACACGCACACUCGGUCACACAGACUCGCUAAAUUGGUUUCACGCCAUAACGGUGCCCUUUUUGAUUUGUUCUGAAUGUGCUUUUCCUACCAAGAAUUCUUGAUAUUCUACUGAUUUUAAUAUAUUAAUUGAAAAUAUACUGUGGUAAUAUUGUGUCCGGUCCAUCGACGGAUAUGAGGGAGGGGUUUAGGAAAUGUGGGUGGGACAACACGUGGGGGUGGAGUUAGGGGCGGGCUUUGUUUGGGCAGUACUCCUGAAUGUGAUUAUGAUGGAACUGCUCAAAUCUUUUCUUUCUUAGUCUUUCUGUGUAAUUUGCACACUUCUUUGUGACUCUCCCAUGGCUUAAUAAAGGAACACGCGUUCUUUAAUACCGAGCGUCAUGCAGGUCCCCUCCUGAUCCUCACUUUUUAUUUUCAGUUUUUCGCUUGUCCACUUUAGUGCUCUCUGUCUCACUGCUGAGUUUGAUCAUGAUGUUUUUUUAUGUACAUAUUUUAAAUAUAUAUAUAUAUAAUAAAAUGAAUACAAAAGAUCAAUGUCAA